AGGCGGCGUUCCCCGCGGAACUCGGUGUAACAAUUCCCAGCGCCCCGAUGGCUCCGGAGCGCGGGGCUCGCCCGCUGCCCUGCGGCACGGAGGGGCUGCCCAGAGCCUUCCUGCAGAGCCUGCGGACCCUCUUCGACAUCCUGGAUGACCGGCGGCGGGGCUACGUGCACCUGCGGGAGAUCGAGUCCCGCUGGCAGGGGGCCGAGGCCCGAGAGCUCCCCCCCGGCGUGCUGGAGGGGCUGCGGCAGGCGGCCCCGGCCAGUGGCUACCUCACCUUCGAGAGGUUCGUGCUGGGGCUCCGGGCCUCGCUGCUGAGCCCGGCGAACGGGGGUAAAGCGGUCCGGCCGGCCCCGGGAGGAUGCGACCCCGCCGCCCCCAAGGGCGGGCCGGGCCGAGGGCAAGGGGCGCCCAGGCCGCUGGCGGAGAAGGGCAGGUGCUCGAGCGGGCUCGCCGGCAGCGCGUCCCGGAGCAUGGAGAAGAUCCCCAGCCCGCCGGGAGCCCCCGUGCACCGGCCCGAGGGGGAGAGCCGGGGCAGGAGCAGAGGUGCCGAUGGGAAGCCCACGGGACAGUCCCAUUGCGAGGGCAGUUGCACGGGGGUGGCGGACGCUCGGCGGCAUGAGAGAGGUCGCGGUGAGCACCGGAGACACACCAUCACCAACGGGGUGGACUAUGGCAUGCUGAAGCAAAUGAAGGAGCUGGAGCAGGAGAAGGACUUCCUGCUCCAGGGGCUGGAGAUGGUGGAGCAUGCCCGGGAAUGGUACCACCAGCAGAUCCAGACAGUGCAGGAGCGCCAGAAACACCUGGGGAAAAACAAAACCACAAAUGACUUCUUCCCGGAGGGGAGCCAAAACCACCUGGGUCGCCUUCUACCCAAGCUGCAGGAAGUGAACCGCUGCCUCGGAGAGCUCCUGUCCACCUCGGGGAAGCCUCUGAACUCCUCCUCGUCGGCGCUGACCAGACAGGUCCCUGCUGCCCCCGUGGCAGGGCCCCAGCAAGCCAUCAGUAUGCUGAAGGAACAAAACCGGCUUCUCACCAAGGAGGUGACUGAGAAGAGCGAGCGGAUCACCCAGCUGGAGCAGGAGAAAUCCGCCCUGAUCAAGCAGCUCUUUGAGGCACGGGCCCGAAAUAACCAUGAAACAAGCCAGCUGGACUCCACCUUCAUCUAGCCCCCCCAACUGACCUCCCACACCCCAGGCCGGGGCUCUGGAGAGGGGCUGGGCAGGGACACCACUGCAAAAGCAGCCCCAGCCAGCCUAGACACCAGGUCUGAGCCUCCAUGGGGCCUAGGCUUAUUGUGGGUUUCUACGGGGCCGUGCCUCUUGCCCAGGUCUAGUUGGUUCCCUUGCUCCUUGGAGAUGCUGCACCUCAUUUGUGAUAGGUCCGGAGGUGCUAGCAAAGCACCUGAACUGAUCCCUGUCUGAUACCAGAGCCUUUCCCAGGCCUCCCUGGCAGAGCUCUGGCAUCUCCCCACACCUGUGUUCUGUGUUGUGACUGGAUGGCGUCUCACUCUCCGGUACGCUGCUGCCCUUCUGCCUUGGAAACCGAGCGGGAACCAUGCAAGUCUUCACAAUUCAUUUCACGUGUGGCGGGGGGAGCACCGUACUCCGAAGGUUUUCUCCUCCCUCCACGUGCUGUUGCUGCAGCUGUGACACGGCUGAAUACCGGCUGCUUUCCGAAGAGGACUGUGUAUUGCUGUUUAACACUCCUGUUGGCAUCUAAGGGGUACAGUGACCGCUCAGAGGCUAGUCCCUCACGUGCCUAACCCCUCACUCCAGCACUGGGCUAGCUUCAAUGUCCGUGAUGGUACUGUCCCAAACUUCAACCACUCAUGACACCAAGACCCUAUUUGCAGGAGCUGGUGCAGAUCCUCAUAGCACGAUAGCCCCUCUCUCGUGUUUGGAGUAGCGAUGAAAUAGUCAAUGUUUACACUUCAACUGCCAUAAUUAAGUUUUGGGGUUAACACCCCACUCAGAUGAAUGGGACAGUUCCCAGCUCUGAGCUACUGUUCCAGGCUGCCUCUAGACUCAGGCACACAUCCCUGCAUCAGUUACACUAUAGAAAAGAUUUUUCUUCUGACCCCACCAGGGGUAACAAGUUUUGGCUUGUUUGAAAUGCACAAGGGAGCAGCUCACAGGCUCCUGGAGCCAACCCGCUCCUUCCCCCUGACCCCAAGAGGUUUCGGGACUAAGAAUCCCUACUGAACAAACGCAGCUGGAGGGCAGGAUGUAGAUGGACUGUUCCCUUCCCUUCCCUCCCUACUUCUGCCUGCCUUCCGAGCGGUGAAGAAAUUGCUGCUUUGCUGGGCUGAAUACUGCAAUCACCUUCCCAGGGCAUGACCUGUUUACAGAGGUGGAUGGGUUUUCUGGAAGCAUGAGCCACCCUGAGCAGCACCUGUCUCUCCUCCCCCCCCCCCCCCCAAUGUUUCUCUUCACACUCCUCAUCAGUGCAGAACUGUCCAGCAUGGUGCCUUGACCAGGCAGGGCCCUAGGAUCAUAUUGUGACACUGAAGGACAUUGCUGACCCCCAUGUAGUUUAGCUGCUGUUUCCCUCUCCCCUUAAUGCGCUUUCAUGUUCCCAGCUGCCCCCCUUUCCAGAGCCCAGCCUCCAUCCAAGCACCGACCUUGAGCCUUGGCCCGUUGGCAGCGUAUGAGAUCUCCGGCCUAGCCUGAGCCCAACAGCCUGGCUUCCAGCCCCAGCCCGCCUGGCUCUUUAUAGCUUGGAUGGGGAGGGGACAGGGAAGGAAAACAGUCCCCUGCUGCUGUAUUUGUCCUAGGCUGUCAGUGUGGACUGUGUCCAGUCUCCAUGCUAAGCAGGGGAAGGGGGCUUCGUUCUUCACCCGUCAUUCAUCCUCCACACCGCCACCCUCAAACUGGGCAGAAAAGUGGCUGCCAGAAACGCCUCUUGUAGCUGCUCCCUUUGUCUCCCGUGACUCCUCAGCAGCCACAGAGCGGUGCCAGAACGUGGUUCUCUCGGCUCGGGCAUUAACGAAGCUGCCUGCUCCCUUCACCCCCCCUAAAUCUCUGCCCCGUUCCCCCAAAGCACUGCACUGAGACAGCAGUUUGACAAACCUUCCUCUGAUCUACCUGGCUGCCCAUAAACCCAACUCCCAAAUAGACUGUGAACAAUGGAGGGAAAGGAGGUGACCUUCAGUGCAAUGGGGCCCCAGUGCUGAUUGGCAGACAGGGUGUUGCUGUAAUGAUAUUGCCCACCCUGCACCUAUCGGAAUGGGAGGGUCUCUUGCCAGGCACCAAGAAAAUUGCUCGGCCCCCAUCUAAGGCCAGUCCCCACUAGGUUCCUGGGAAGAGCUGCACUGGCAGGAGGCCCAGUUGUGGAGAGUCGGAUCUGUUGAUUUAGCAAGAGUGAGAUCGCUGGGCCUGAUUUUGCUCUCCUGACCAUUCUCUAGGCUUUGCGCCCUCUGCUCCGGGGAGCUGAACUGAACUGAACUUGCUGUUCCUGGAGCUGUCCUAGGAGGAACGUAAAGCCAGGGGGUUUCAGGCUCUGAGAUCACCUUCCAGUUCUGUGCUUAAGCACCUGGAGCCAGGUGUGUGUCUGAUCACAUAACAGGUUACUUUGGAGUGGGGCUAUUUCCCUCCAGCCCCUCCCAUGAGAUGUGUGCUUCCGCCCCUGCUGCCUACGGGCGCUUGUUUCUGUUCCUAGGAGGGGGUUAAAGAGGGCUGCCCUGCUCUGGUCCCCUAGCCUGCCCUACCUCCCCCUGCUGCUACGGGCAUUAUGAAAUCCCCCUCGUGAAUGUUUACAGGUUGGCCUCGCAGCUGCCAGCCACGUAUGUAACAGUUGCUGAGCUCCUUGGCGAGGUUUUGUAUUGUCUAACGACACUGUGAUCGUCCACAGGCUUUUUUCAAAUAAAAAGCAAAAAUGAC